UAGAGGUCAAUCAACACAGGUUCAAGACAUCGGCCGGGGAAUCCUCACUCACCGUUGUCAUUCAGUUCCCAGGCAAUUGGCCUAUUAUAUUUUAUGCCUGUCAUGGCUUGUUUACUUACAACAUAUUAAGUGUUACAUGAGAGAGACAGCUUCACCAGAGUCCUCGUCUUGCACUAGCGUCCCAUCCCAUAAUCUCUGAAGAGUCACUGUGACGGAAAAGAUAGAUAGUUCUUUGUUGCCACAAUACCUGCUAGACACUUUGCAUAAUGGCGACAAAACGAAAGGCGUCGGCGUUGAACGCCUCUGUCGAUGAUGGUCCUGUCGACCCAUCGGAUGAGCUGGGGUUCUAUUGUCUAGGUGGAGGAAAUGAGGUUGGCCGAUCAUGUCACAUUAUUCAGUAUAAGGGAAAGACGGUCAUGCUCGACGCCGGUAUGCAUCCUGCGAAAGAGGGUUUCUCUGCUCUCCCCUUCUUCGACGAAUUCGACUUGAGCACGGUGGAUAUCCUUCUAAUUAGCCAUUUCCACGUUGAUCAUUCCUCUGCUCUACCAUAUGUCCUCAGCAAGACAAACUUCAAGGGUCGCGUUUUCAUGACGCAUGCGACCAAGGCCAUCUACAAAUGGCUUAUUCAAGACAAUGUACGAGUCAGCAACACAGCAUCCUCAUCGGACCAACGUACCACUCUAUAUACCGAACAUGAUCACCUAUCCACACUUCCACUAAUUGAAACCAUUGAUUUCAAUACGACCCACACAAUCAACAGCAUUCGUAUCACGCCUUUCCCUGCUGGUCAUGUCCUUGGUGCUGCUAUGUUCUUGAUUUCGAUAGCUGGUUUAAACAUCCUCUUUACCGGUGAUUACUCGCGUGAAGAGGAUCGACACUUGAUUCCAGCCGAAGUGCCAAAGGAUGUGAAAAUCGAUGUGCUUAUUACCGAAUCAACGUUCGGAAUAUCCUCCAACCCACCUCGUUUAGAACGUGAAGCUGCUCUCAUGAAGUCAAUCACCGGAGUCUUGAACCGCGGCGGUCGAGUGUUGAUGCCCGUGUUCGCUCUCGGUCGUGCUCAGGAGUUGCUACUAAUCCUUGAAGAGUAUUGGGAGACACACCCCGAACUACAGAAAGUGCCCAUCUACUACAUCGGAAACACAGCACGAAGAUGCAUGGUCGUGUAUCAGACAUAUAUCGGCGCAAUGAAUGAUAACAUCAAGCGACUUUUUCGACAGCGUAUGGCGGAGGCGGAAGCUAGCGGCGACAAGAGUAUUAGUGCAGGGCCGUGGGACUUCAGGUUUGUCAGGAGUUUGCGAAGCCUGGAACGUUUCGAUGACGUAGGGGGCUGCGUUAUGUUGGCCUCCCCAGGUAUGCUGCAGACAGGCACAAGCAGGGAGCUGCUUGAGCGCUGGGCUCCAAAUGAACGUAACGGUGUUGUCAUGACCGGUUACAGUGUGGAGGGUACGAUGGCUAAGCAGCUACUUAAUGAGCCCGAGCAAAUUCCUGCCGUGAUGUCAAGAGCGGCGACUGGAUUAGCAAGGAGGGGCGGCAAUGAGGAAGACCAGAAAGUCAUGAUUCCAAGAAGAUGCACUGUCGACGAAGUCAGCUUUGCAGCUCAUGUUGAUGGCGUUGAAAACCGAAACUUCAUCGAGGAAGUUUCUGCUCCUGUUGUGAUUCUUGUUCAUGGUGAAAAGCAUCAGAUGAUGAGACUGAAGUCCAAGCUGCUCAGUCUGAAUGCGGAGAAGACUGUGAAGGUUAAGGUGUAUACUCCAGCUAACUGUGAGGAGGUCCGCAUUCCGUUCAAGAAGGACAAGAUUGCGAAAGUCGUCGGGAAGCUGGCCCAGAUUGCGCCGCCUUCGGAGCAGGAUGACGGCCACCUCAUGGCAGGAGUUCUCGUUCAAAAUGGAUUCAACCUGUCAUUAAUGGCACCCGAUGACCUGCGUGAAUAUGCUGGCCUAACGACGACCACUAUUACUUGCAAGCAACAUAUAACACUCAGCUCUGCAAGCAUGGACCUUAUUAAAUGGGCGCUCGAGGGCACCUUUGGUGCUAUCGAGGAGAUUGGCACAAAUGCUAAUGUCAAGGAAGAGUCGACGGAUGGUGAAUUAUCUAAGACAUCCGAAGAAGAUUCUAAACCCAAAGAUGAAGCUGCCGAUGAAGAGAUCCCUAUUGAAAAAGAACAGACCUAUCUUGUCAUGGGCUGUGUAAUCAUCCGCUACUUUCCCCGUACUCGUGAGGUUGAGCUUGAGUGGGAAGGGAACUUGAUGAACGAUGGGGUUGCCGAUGCCGUUAUGGCGGUUCUGCUCACGGUUGAGAGCAGUCCUGCAUCUGUGAAACAAUCCGCUAAGCAAAAGCAUCAUCAUCAUAAUCACCACCAUCACAACACCCUUGAAUUUUCCAAUCCGCACUCACAGCUAAGCUCUGAGGAACGCUUCGCACGCCUUCUAAUGAUGCUUGAGGCACAGUUCGGAUCGGACAUAUCACCUAUUGAGCGUCCACGCCUCCCCUCAACUCGACUCACCAAUGGGGCAGCCAAGAAUGAAGCGUCGACACCAAUGAGUGUUAAGAAUGAAUCAGAUCCCACGGAGCAAACGACUCAAGAUAAUGAAGAAGACGAUGAUGAAAGGUUAGCGGAACUGGAAGCAGCCGAACUUGCUCGGCUUUAUGCUCUUGGAAUUCCAGUUCCUGGAAUUGAGAUCAGAGUCGACAAGCAUGUCGCGCGAGUAUGGCUUGAGGACCUUGAAGUCGAGUGUACAAAUGCAGUUAUGAGAGAUAGAGUUCGAGUAGUCAUUGAGCGUGCCGUUGAAACCGUUGCUAGCAUGUGGGCUGAGGGUCCUCCGUCUGCUACUGCAACUAACGGUGAGGCUAAGGAGAAGCUGGAAGGGUUGCCGGCUUCCAAUGGUGCUGGGAUUGACGCAACAGCUUGAUGUACCUACUAUAUGCUGUGUAUUAAUA